UUGGUGCAUCUGUGAAAAUGUCAAGACGCAGUGGUCGUGUUACGCUACAAGAUAGAAACGAAAAUACCAUACAGCCGGUGAAGAUUACAAGAAAAAGGAAAUCAGAGCAAUGCAACAAAAAGAGAGCGCACCUGGCGAAGAAGAAGCAGAGUUAUGAAAUACAGAAUCGGUGGACACAAGGAGGUGUCAGCCCUUGCGUCCUUGUUGAAACUCCCCACAAGGAGCUCGAGACGGCUAGUGACCUGACCGGUUUCAAGCAGUAUAGGUUCAAAAAUCUCUUCAUCAAACCCUCACCAUUGCCCUGUCUCAGCUGGGCCAACUCGGACGAUGUGUGGAUUAAGAUGUUGAACAAAGAACUGAAGUAUGUCCAUGACAAGAGCUUCAUGCAGCGGCACCCAAAGCUGCAGCCGAAGAUGAGAUCUAUCCUCCUGGACUGGCUUCUAGAGGUGAGUGAGGUGUACACUCUUCACCGGGAGACGUUCUACCUGGCCCAGGACUUCUUCGACAGAUUCAUGCUGACGCAGGAGAAUGUUGGCAAAACCCGCCUGCAGCUUAUCGGCAUCACCUGCCUCUUCAUCGCAUCCAAGAUUGAGGAAAUUUACCCACCCAAACUUCAUGAGUUCGCUUAUGUAACAGAUGGAGCCUGUGAUGAAGAUGACAUUCUGGAAAUGGAGCUGAUCCUGCUGAAGGCUCUGAAUUGGGAACUCUGUCCAGAAACGGUCAUUUCAUGGCUGAAACUCUACAUCCAAAUGGCGUCUUUGAAGGAAAGCCCCAAUGUUCUCGAACCUCAGUUUUCUCAGGAUACAUAUAUACAGAUUACCCAGCUUUUAGAUUUAUGUAUACUUGACAUCAGUUCCCUGGACUAUCAGUAUGGUGUACUGGCUGCUGCAGCUUUUUUCCACUUUACCUCUAUUGAAGUUGUACAGAAAGUAUCAGGUCUGACGUGGGACAGCAUUGUGAGCUGUGUGAACUGGAUGACCCCCUUUGUGAGGACCGUGAGCGAGUGUGAGGCCGUCCGACUGAAGGACUUUAAGAAAGUGGCUGUGGAGGACAGGCACAACAUCCAAACGCACGUGGACUACCUGACCAUGCUGAACGAUGCUCAACAGACGCAGCAGCAGAGCCUGGCCAGACUGUCGCCCAUGCCCCCGCCCACAGACGGGUUCCUGACCCCGCCCAGCAGCACAGAGAAGCCCUCGAACCACUGAAGCCGUGGCUCAGCUGCAGCGAGGCUCGGAACAGGCCCUGCCCCCACGAUUCCGCUCAAAACCCACCAAUGAGUGAUUGGAAAACGCAUUCUUGUUUUUAAAACAAAAACUGAAUUUUAUUAUGUAUUUUUGGUUUGAUUUAAAGGAAUUUACUUGCAUUCAGUACUUCAAGCCAUUCCAAGAGAGAUUAUUUUGAGAAUAUGCCUUUUGAUUUGAGCAUAAAGAAAUUGAGGAGAUCAAUAUUAGAAAUUAGUCCUGCAUAAAUAGAAUAUUUCUCUCCAACUGCUUUGGGGAAUGUGGAUCCUCAAAGUCCUUUUGUACAAAUUUUAAAAAUGUAUUUACUUGAAUUGAUAUACACACAUGGUAUUUGAGAAGAGAUUUGCGAAUUGUGCCAUUUAGACCAUAGGAACAAAAAUGUACAUAGCUGGGAAAGUACAUUUGGUCGUAUGUCUCUCCCAAGUUAUUUAUACAAAGUAAUUGGUGCUGGCUGGAAGUUUGUCUCAUCAGGCAUAAUUUAUACUGCUGUGUCAGUAUUUAUCGCAGUCAACAUUAAGUACCUUUAACGUCAGAGUCCUGUUUCACAAAGGCAGAUUACUGAGUUAGCUGGAUAACUGCACUGAGUAAAACCCGGAACCCUCCUCAAUCUCGAACAUGGACUGAAGUUAAAAGAACUGCUCUGGGUUUUACUCGGUGCAGUUUUUCAGCUAACCCGGUAAUUCUGCCUUGUGAAAUACCCCCCUAGAGGCCUGAUAAAUCUGUAUGGAAAUAAACCGUAUAGGUUUGAAACCUCAGAUUUGCUAUGGAAGACCUGAAAUGGUAGGCAACUGGCUUUCUCAUCAUAGGCAACUGCUUGAUGGUGUGCAUACCUUAUUUUGUGUAUUCCUUAUUCUCACAAAAUGGCCACUGAUGCAAUACCACUGCAUUUUCUACUAUUAAAUAGCAUUCCUGGAAGACUUGACUUUUUUUCCUGACUUUGAGGUAAAAAGUCAGUGAAGCUAAGCUUGUGCAGAAUUAUUACGUCAGCUAUUUAUGCGACUAUGCUUUUGUAUGUCUCUUCCCUACGUAGUGUGUAUGUAAAUUAUCUACCCAUAUGAGCUCAAAUUUCCUUUAAUUUAACACUGCCAAAGGCAUAUUUAAUUCAAACUGCAUUUUAUUUAAGAUAGUGGAUUUCCUCUUAACUGUGUGAUGCAAUGUAGAAUCAGACUGUGUUGGCACCAUCCUAUUCAGGGUGCUUAUACUUCUGCUCAGCACUGACCUGGGUGUAAAAUGUGGAGCUGUUUUAAUGGGAUGUUUCAGAGAACCGGACCUACCUUUAGUGUGGGUUUAAGGUUCAAUCCAAUCCGACUGCAGUGUUUUUUGUUCCCCCACCUUCUGAGUUUUGACAAGUUCAAAGCCAUUUCUCGGGGUUUGACAAAGUGCACUGCGGUCGGUAUUGUUUCUGAGCCUCCAUGCCCUGCCAAGGACCAACUGGGUAUCUGAAGUGCUACCCACAGACCACUGGCAGACUUAUUACUGUAAGCUACAGGGCUGCUCAAAACAGUGAAUGGUUUACAAUUAACCAUGUAAAUACAAUAUAUGUAUUAUAUGUGUACAUAGAAAUGUACAAAUGGAUGUGUUUGUAACAUUUUAUUUUGUAAUUGAAAUAAAUGUAUAGUUCUCUUUAAA